UUAUAAAUACAAGUAAUAAAUCAUUUCAAAGAACAUGCCGUAAAAAAUCAAUCAAUUUACAAUCUUAACAUCCAUAUCCGAUGCUGGCAUGUAUUUAAAAGUAAACCAUUGAUUUUAAUGCGAUUUACACUUCAUGUAGUGUACGUUUAUUAUUCAAUAGUAUUUAAAAAAAUGGCGAAUAACAAAGUGACUUACGUUUAUAUAUUUGUACUCAUAUUAAUAAUAAAAGGUGCUGCUGCGGUAAGAUCCCAGAAAAUCCGAACAAGUGAUGACACCAUACAACAAAUAGAAUCGUUAAAAGAAAUGAUCCUGGCCACAGAUAAUUUACGUCCAGAAUCUUUAGCAGCUGAACAAGAUCUCGAACUAUCGUUUAGAAGUGGAUUAGGAAUGUUAUCACCACUUCCAAUAGACAUGGAUGACGAUUUGUUGAAAAAUAUCGACAGUCAGAGGGCAUUUGCAUGUUCUCAGUUGAAAUGUUCCCCUAAAGAUACUUCUACACCAGUUUGUGCUUGUAAUUAUAAAACGGGGAAUGUUGUGACCUUCAAAAAUAAAUGUGACACAAAAAAGCAUAAUUGUAGAUUUAAUACAGAUUUCCACGUAAUUUUAAAUGAAAUUUGUCCAUGGGAAUUUAUAUCGCGGCGAGGCAGUAAGGAGCUCAUUAUAAAUUAUGAAGAUGCGAAAUAUUACAACUGAAUUAUCUGUUUAUCUCACAAUAUCAUAAUAACAACCACUACCGUAGUUAUCACAAAUUUAAGACCCAUUUCCACUUCUUGACCAUUUUGUUUGACUAUGAUGUUAUCUUUGAUAUCCAUUUUUUAAAUAAUUUAAACUCUGGUA